CCUUCUGGGAAGCUGGCUUCCUACAUCCAACAUUGGAGAGCAUCUCCCCUGCUUUCUGGAUCACUUUUCAUCUCGGCACCUCGAAAAACUCGAGAGAAAUAAGUGCGUGGCGCCAUAAUGGGCUUCUCAGAGGAGAAAGAAGCCGACGCUUUCUGUGGGAGCCAAGAAGACGAGAAAGAGAAAAUAGGAUAUCAGCACAAGGCACAAUGUGAAAAGAGGAGAGGGAAGUGAGGGAGAGAGAGGGGGGAAAAGGAAAUAGGGUAAGAGAGAGAAGUUGUGCAUUCAGCUAAGCUGCAAAACACUGGCUCACCCCCACCACCACCACCUCCCACCCCGCCUUUCUCCACCCCCUGGAAAAGUGGCUCUCCCUCUCUCUCUACCUCUUUUCUCUCCCCUUCUCUCUGCAGCUGUGGUCUGCUGAGCGUCACAUCCACACAGCAAGUGCCUUUACUUGAGCAGAAGAAGAGGGAGAAGGCAGAGGAGGGGAGCUCUAAGAGAGAGAGAGAGAGAGAGAGAAAUCUCAGGAGUGUGUCUGAACGCACCAAAGGAGCAUCUCUCUGACUUCGCAGAGAGGAUUGAGAAGCGCACAGAGACAGACGGGCAGAGGCAGGCGGCGGUGGAGUAUCACAGCGCCGGUGGUGCUGGCAGAGCGAGCUGAGUGGAGACAGGGGAAUCCACUGGUGCUGUUGAUCCUGGUGUCCCUGGCAAAAGAGCUGCUUGAGCAGGAAAGAGAAAAACGGCGCAGCAGCCAGGAUCUCGCCAGGGGGGCAGCAUUUUACAGCGACAACGAAGCGUGGAGACAGCUGAAACCUGCACACGCACACACACGCAGGAACACACACGGGAAAACACACAUGCAAACAGCUGAGCGGGCGAAGGAGAGUGAGACACCCGCUGCAUUUCAAAGAUCCACUACAAUCCAGCAGACACAAAAUGUUUCAGCUUCACGUCCAUGGAUGGAGAAUGAUGAAGGGGAAAACUUCUGGGAAAGAAAUUCUUUUUUAAGAAGGACUUACUGCAGAGAUUUUUUUCCCCCUAACUUUAAUACUUUUUCCUUUUUUGGAGUUGGGCCUUUAAACCCUCUUUCUAAGCACAACACAAAAUCACCUCUAUUCUUAGUUGCAGAAAUUGCGAGCUGUCUUGGUGACCAUUAAGAUGCCUCCUUCUGAUUCAGUCUGAGCAGUAAGUGGAUUAUGACGGCAAUAUUUUGGGAUUUGUCUUUCACUUAAGAAAAAAGAAAGAGAGGGGAAAAAAACCAACAAUAACCUAUCCAUGACUGGUGGAUUUAUGUCUGUCAGAGGAGGAGAGGAUCCCCGGCAUUUUCUCCUCUCUUCUCCUGUGGAUUACAGAUGGGCUUUGUGAUCUCCCAGUGCAGUCUCAUGGAUGAUCGCUCGCUGCCAGUCAUUAGGAUAAAGUACAAAGAGGGACACAAGUGAGUAUUCAGCUGGAUUUUUAUCUCUGAAGCUUAAGCUUGCAUGAAAACAAGGGUGUCGAGAGUGGAUCUGUAACGAGAGCACAUCGCAGCAGCUUUUUUUGCUGUCUCUUUUAAUACCAGAAAUUGUAACUCACUGAUUGAACUGUUGUGUUCAAGGAAAGAUUGUAAAAGGUGGCUUGGGCACAAGCGGAGAUUGAUUGAAGUGAUCUGUGUGAAUCCUAUUAAUGCAUCCUGGAUUCUGGCCAAGACAGAAGCAAUGGAGGGGAACACCGCUGUCUAGCGGCACUAUCUGAUCUGCCUCCUCACUGGACAAACUGAGGACCCUCUACACUCCCUCUUCAACAGCACUCCUCCUCCUCUUCCUCUCAUCCAGGCAAGGAUGGUACCCCCACCCCCCACCAACAAGCCCCACGUGUGCCUGUCCACCAUCCUGAUCAUGAGCAGCAUGGCACUGAUUGAUGCCUACCUGGUGGAGCAGAACCACGGGCCACGCAAGAUUGGCAUCUGCAUCAUGGUGAUGGUGGGAGACAUCUGCUUCCUAAUCGUGUUGCGAUACGUGGCAGUGUGGGUGGGGGCUGAGGUUCGCACGGCCAAGCGAGGCUACGCCAUGAUCCUCUGGUUCCUUUACAUCUUCGUGCUGGAGAUCAAGGUCUACUUUGUGUAUCAAAACUACAAAGCGGACAGGAAGAGCUUGGACGCUCUCGCGAGGAAAGCCUUGACGUUGCUGCUGUCCAUUUGCAUCCCUGUGCUGUUUGUGGUGCUGGUGGCCAUCGACCACAUGGAGUACGUCCGCGCCUUCAAGAAGCGCGAGGAGAUCCGCAAUCGUCUCUUCUGGGUGGUGGUGGAUUUGCUGGACAUACUGGACAUCCAGGCAAACCUGUGGGAGCCUCAGAAGAAAGGGCUCCCUCUGUGGGCUGAGGGACUCAUGUUCUUCUACUGCUACAUCCUGCUGCUGGUGCUGCCCUGCGUGUCCUUGAGCGAGAUCAGCAUGCAGGGCAUCAACAUCGUGCCCCACAAGAUGCUCCUGUACCCCAUCCUCAGCCUGGUGACCAUCAACAUCAUCACGCUCUUCAUCCGCGGGGGCAACAUGAUUCUGUACAGGGACGCCAGGGUGUCGGGGAUCUUGAUAGGGAAGAAUGUCCUGGCCAUCAUCCUAAAGACCUGCAGCUUUGUCCAGUACAGGAGACAGUUGCAGAACGCUCCUCCUGCCUUCGGGGUCGAGCUACAGAAGAACUCAGUGGCUCACGCCCGCCCUGCCCCCACCCCGCCUCAAGUGGUCAUGCAGGACCAGACGCCCCUCCCUGAGGUGACGACGUGCGAGCACACAUGACAGAACGGUGGGGUGAAUCCUGGAAAUGUCAAUAUGAGUAUAUACGACCCUCAGGACGCUGGCAGGGCACGGUGUUCUGCACCUUUUCGGGCGUGUGAGCACUCACGUGAACACAAUGGAGAUGCUUAAUGGCACACAGGACACUGCAGACGCUUAGCGAGGAUAGAGCAGUGCUGUAUCCAAAGCCGUCAUGGUGCAAAACACAACAUUACUUGUGACUUUGUUAAAGCAUUUUCCCCCAGUGAAUCCAGUUAACUGUGUAUUUUUUCUAACUGUACGAAAAAAAAGGCAACUACUGCAAGAUUAGAGGAUAUAUUUUUGAAUUGUGUGUGUUGCAUUCUAAUCUUAAAUUUAAGGGUCUGUGUGCUGUGGUGUGUAUUUCUGUUGCUCGAAUGUUCUUAGUAGUCGAGGGCUUUAACACGUCAAAGUCAGAAGGAGCCACCACUGGGGACAAAAAUAACAGUUAAAGCUUUCUCUUGAAAGAAGUGUGUUUUUAUAUGUGAUUCUUUGAUAAAGUAUUGUGUACAAGAUAAAGGCUUUCCUGCUCUCUCACUCGCUGUACAGGGGGUUUCAGUUUAAAGUUAUUGAGUAUAUUUCAGUUUUUAAUUAAAAUUCAGCAAAUGUCCUUUAAUUAACUUGAGUUAUUAAGGAAAAGAGAGAAUGAUUUUCUUUUUCUAAGGUCUGGUUCAAUCUACAAUUAGAGACUUCUUAAUUGCUGAAGUGGUGCCUUUGCGAUGUCGUUCAUCUUGAGUGUGAUCGUUACAUUCCAGGCUGCUUAUUUGGAGCGAGGAGGGGAGCAUCUGAAAUAAAUUCUGUUGUGAACAGUUUGA